GAGAGGGAGUGGGGUCGGUGAGCAAGAGGAGCGUAAGCGGGUGGCGAGUGAGUGGGCAGGCGAAUGAAUAUGAGAGAACGAGAAUGACCAAAGACGAAUAAUGUAUUCGAUAAUUGCUAUUUUAAGUAUUUUUCCGUCAUCGAAAUGUAGAAGUGCAAAAUUUCCAAGUAUUUCAGGAUACAUAAUAAAAGUGGAUUACGGUUUACCCAAGUAUGGCAGAUUUGGUUAAUUUUGAUACUUGGUUAAGUCAACUUGAAUGUCCUCAUUGGUAUACCACAGACUAUGUUAAAGAAACACUACAUAAAGGUGUAUUGGGGUUGUUAUGGGAUGAUGUACCUCAAAUCAUUAGACCAUUUUCUGAAGUUUCAGAAAUAAGAAAAAAUAUCUUAUUAUAUAAAUUAAAAAAUGAGCCAAAAGAUUCUUUGAUCGAAAGUGUUAGAGAUACUGUUUACUUGAGAGAAGAAAGAGAGAAGCUUAAUCUUCAGAUUAAAAAUGCAGAAGAAAAGUGGAAUCGACAAGAAUUUAUCUGCAGACAAAAAGUACAAUUGUUGGAAAAGAAGAAAACAGAAAGACAGGCUUUAGAAAUAAAAAAGGAAAUAUUCAAAAUUAAAAAUGAACAAAUGUUAAUGCAAAUUGCAAACUGUUCAAAAAUGCAGGAAAUAUGUCAUCAUUUAAUGCCACCAUCCGUAGAAGAAGUAUCUCAAUUAAUGAUAAUUGAGUGUCUUUCGCUUGCUAGUAAUUAUUCUGGUGGCCCAGAUAAAAGAAAAGUCUGGAAUAAAAUCGCAGAAAUGCUAAAUUCUAUUAAAAUACCGGUAUUAUGGAAUGCAUUGAUGACAGCAAGAAUAAAUUACACUAAUUUUCUCAUUGAUUUAGAUAUUGAGGAAGACGAAACUCAUGAAAGUAAAACUGGAAUCAAUUUAGAUAUUGGUACAGCGCAGAUCUGUGGUGAACAUCUUCAUAAUGUAUCGAAACGUUUUAUACAUAAAGAGAGAACAAAAAAGAACGAAAUAAUGACUAUGGAAUAUGUUGAAAAAAUUGAACAAAUAAUUGAGAAACAUAGACCAGACUUAAAUGAUUGGUUACCAUUAACUCUGGAAGUUAGAAAAUUAGAAGUUCUGAGCACGGAACUGCAAAAGGAACUCAAAAAGCUUGAAGAACAAUUACCAAUUGAUGUGAUGGUUGAGGACAUUAUGAUCCAGUUAAUCACUGACAUUAAGAAUAUUGAUAGCAAAACAACUGAUUGUGUUCAAGAAAUUCAAAAUGCCUUUGGACUGCUUAAAUCAUCGGGACCGUUAAUUACAAAGACAAAAGAAUCUCUUCUCAGUGAAUUGGAUAAAUUUCAAUUGCUACAAAAUAACGAAGAAAAUCAAUGGUUAACGAUUGACCUAAGCACUGAAUUAAUGGUCUUUAAUAAUAAUAUAGAUAUUAAUGCAUUGAGAAAAAUUAUGUUAAAAGGAGAGACUGGUGUUUAUAAGCAUCUGCAGAUGUGUUUCAAUAAAGCCUCUUUAAUUGUAGAUAUACCGAAAAGUGAAAAUGUAUCGAAUUUUCCAAUGAUAAGAGUUCCUAUUUAUUAUUUAAUAGAUUUAUAUAAAAUGUAUAUUACGAACUCUGUAUUGAGCAAACGACUCAAUGAAACCAUGGAUAAUUUUGAAGACUCUUCUGGGUCGCUACCUGAUUCUUCGACUAUUGCUACCUUUUCUAAUCAAAACUUGAUGGAAUUGUUGAGAACGAUUGACACAAUAUGUAAAAAAACUCUACAGCAUAGUGAAGAAUUUGAGCAAAUUUUAAAAACUUGGUCCACUCAAGCUGUGCGGGAAAUAGUAUCAAAAAUAUACUGCAAAAAGACUGUAAACAGAGCUACUCUGGAUGAAUGGGAAAAACACUUUUCUAUGAUCGUUUAUGUUUUACAAAAAUCGAAUAAAAAUCUUGCGUAACGUAGUUACCAUAUUUUUUUCUAUAUA